AUGGUGGCAACGGGGCUGAGGAAGAAGGGCAGCACUCCGGCGAAGAAAGCAACCUUCAAGUUCACUGUGGAUUGCCAGCAGCCUGCAGAAGAUACCAUCAUCGAGCCCAAGGACUUCGAGAAGUUUCUGGCGAACAAAAUCAAGGUAGAUGGGAAAACCGGCAAUCUUGGCGAGAAGGUCAGCAUCAAGAGGGAAAAGGCGAAGGUCCACGUUACCGCGGAGGCCCCGUUCUCAAAGCGGUACUUGAAAUACUUGGGCAAGAAGUAUCUCAAGGCGCAACAGCUGCGCGACUUCCUGCGUAUCGUGGCGCCGUCAAGAAGCAGCUAUGAGAUGCGAUACUUCAACAUCAAUGAUGAAAAGAAUGAGGAGGAAAAGAAGAGGCCCCGCAUCAGCGAAGAAAGCGGUCUGGAGCUAGGCCCCUGUCUGUUGCAAAUACAUGCUGAGACGCUGAAGUUCACUGUGGACUGUCAGCAGCCUGCGGAAGACACUAUCAUCGAGCCUAAGGAUGCAUGCUGCAUUGCUCGGGACGAGGGGUCAUUCUGGGAGAAUGCCCGUGGAUGCCCAACUUGGGUGAAGGACUUUGAGAAGUUUCUGGCCAACAAGAUCAAGGUAGAUGGAAAGACCGGCAAUCUGGGAGAAAAGGUCAGCAUUCACAGGGAGAAGGCGAAAGUGCAUGUCACUGCGGAGGCUCCUUUCUCCAAGCGAUACCUGCCUCUUUGCCAGCAGCUACGGUUGGGGGGUCCUCCGAUGUCAUCAGACAAAGGCGGACUUGCUCCGCAUCUGGUGCUCCAGAUCUGCUUGAACCCAGAAUUUGGCCAGUCGCAGCAGCUGCGCGACUUCCUGCGCAUCGUGGCUCCGUCGAAGACGUCCUACGAGAUGCGCUUGCUAAGCAACAUCAACGAUGAUAAGGGCGAGGGGGAGCGUCACUGA